ACGUGACCGUGUCUCGCUUCUGGUAACCGCCGUGCUCGGAAGAAGCCGCCGCUUUCCUUUCUUCUUGGGCAUCGUCCUUCUUUUCCUCUUCGGGCGCAGCGAGCAGCAGCAGCGGCCAUGAACUGGGCCUCGCUCCUCUUGCUACCCGGCGUUCUGCUGGGCCUCUGCGCCGGGGAGAAUCUCCUUCCUAACCGAAGCUUCUUGCUGCAAAGCGGCUGGGAAGGAACGGCUUUGGGAGGCCGCGCCCCUGCUCUGUCCUUGGAAGUGCUGGAGGCGGCGGCGGGGGACCUCUCUUCGCUGGGCUCGGGACUCGCGGGGGACCUGCUGGAGCCGGACUGCAGGGAACUCUUGGCGGGCUUCGCCAACAGCAGCGUCAGGCUGACCGAUUGCUUAGUGCGGAGCGCCCGGCCUGUGACGCUCUGCCAGAACUGCUACCGCCAGUACCGGGACCUCACGGAGCGGUUCGACAACAUCACCGGCGCCGUGGGGAACACUACUGAGAGUAACAAUUGUGCCCAAAGCCUCUUGAUGUCGGAUAGGCUCCAGAUAGUUGUGAUCCUGUCUAGAUUUUUUACUGACACGUGGACGAAAGCAAACUGCGCAAAUUGCUUAAAGAAAAACAGUGAAGGCUUAUCGAAUGAUACAGUGAAGUUCCUGGCCUUAUUCAAUGAAUCUCUGGCAUGCUUUGAACACAACCUCCAGCGGCAGGAAGACGAUCUGCUAUCAAGUAACUACACCGAAGUAUGCAAGAAGUGUAAUGCAACAUACAAAACCCUCAAUGUCAUGUACAACAAAAUGCAGAAGAGUGGCCAGGAAGAUGAAUCUGAAGAACAGUCCAAUUUGUGUAUUGAUGUUGAAGAUGCAAUGAACAUCACACGAAGGCUUUGGAGCACAACUUUCAAUUGUUCCCUCCCGUGCAGCGAUACUGUGCCAGUGAUUGCAGUUUCUUCAUUUAUUCUCUUUUUACCAGUUGUUUUCUACCUGAGUAGCUUCCUUCACUCAAAGCAGAAAAAACGUAUCCUGAUUAUGACUAAGCGGUUCCAGUCAAAUAGCAGUUACGUGAACAUCCAGGAAAAAUUCAACUGAGCCUUCAGAAUGCAAGACACAACAGGAUAGAUCUGAUUUCUCUGAAAGAGAUAAUUAUGAUUUAGCCAUGCACUGUAUUGUAACAUGUUGAACAAAAUGCUGUGUGACUCUCAGAUGGGUACAUUACUGAUGUGGCAAAGGUGUCCAUUGAGAGGCUGUGUCUGACCUCCAGUGUGAAAUGAAAUAGAGACCAUUUCCCCCCCUCUAUACUUGUGCUUUCAUCUCACUUGUUUUCUGAUUGGUAACUUUUUAAUAUGCACUUGUUUCCAUGACACAUUCCUAUCGUGCAUUCUUCUUACACUGGAUUGCUAACGGUCUAAUUUUAACUUCCAGGUUACAAGUUCACAACCUCUUAUUAGUAGCAUUCUUGUUUGUCUGUAACCUGAGCAUUGAUUUUUUUUUUAAGGUGUCAUCAGAAAAUGAAAGUAGAAUGACUGCAUUAAAUGCUAAGAAUAUUCAGAAACUUCAGGUUAUAGAUCUUGGAUCUUAGCUGUCUAACCAAAUCAUUUCUUGAAAUACUGAUUAGUUAACUUAAAUAGUUUCGACAUUUUGCAGUUCUUUAUUGCUGGCACUAUAGAUGGCAAAACUACUGAUCAUCUGAAUUAUGUAAUAUUUAUGGAAUUCCACCUUGGCAGAAACUUUGUCGCUUGAUACUGCCGUGAAUAGAGGCUGAUCACCUGAGUGCUAUACUUGAGCAAGCUCUAUUACCAUGAGCCAGGUCCCAUGACAAAAACUGUGGGGAUGGUGAUAACUAAGGCAACCCAUGACAAAGUGCCGUGCCUGUAGGCGCCAGGUGCAUAUGCAACUCCCACUCAGGGAUUGUUGCGUUGUGUGAACCCCGCAAACAUGGGUUAUGCAAGGGGUGUUUAACUCUUGCACAGCCCACAUUUGCCAGCUUCUUACAACAUAACGUGUGUGUGUGUGUGUGGUUUGCAUAUUCAAAGUAGUGACCAUACGAGCCCUGCACACACCACAGCCUCACCAUGGUUUAAAUAACCCAUGGUGGGCUGUCGUGUUGUGCAAAUAGCCCCAUUGUUAAGUGAGUUAAUUUCCUCAUCUGUUCCUAAUGUUAGUCUUUACGGACUGGCUUUAUAUUUAACAGUGCAUAGAAUAACAUAUUUAUUAGAAUUAUAACAGUAUUUUGCUAUUUUUUUGUAUAUAUUGCCUCAGGGAAGUUAAGUUAAAAACAAAUCACUGGAGAUGCUGAAUUAUUUGGCCAGAGUUGGUUUGGGCCUAAGAUCUAAAAGGGGUUUACAUAUAUUUUAUGAAAAGUAGUGGAUUUUUCUUGGUACAGUUCUUUAAAAAAUUCUAAAUAUGAUAGUAUUUUAGUAGCAAAGAAGGCACAUUGAUUUUUCUGUUUUAAGAAGAUCUGAAAACAUGGUUCAGACAUCUAGGAUCUCAGACUCUCAGGGUCUAAACUUGUGGUAGAACUUAAAUCAAUGAAAGGAAUUCCUUUUUUAAGAGGACAAAAAUGGGCAAGGGGAACAUCUCUCUGCUCUUCCAUGUCCCAAGGGGGGAGAACAGUCUCUUCACAAUCUCAACAGAAAAAGAAAAUGGGUGACAGAGAAAAGGAAGCAAAGGGCUCUUCAAGCAGGACUUUUUUCUAAGUCUGAUGAACAGGAGUCUAAUUUGUUCCACCUCCACAACGUUAUGCUCUGAGACCUUACACCCAAGAACUAGAUCUUUAUAUGGAUUGUGAAGCAGGUCCACCACAACCCUAAAUACUGGUGUUGACAACUAUGGCAUAUCAUAUUUUAUCAAGACUCUCUAGUUGGGUCUUGCUAUCCAAAUCGUUCAUUUGCUGGUGCAGCAGUUUUUAGAACUAGGCCGCUACUUUGCACUCUAAUAAUUAAAGCAUUGGACUUUUCCCAUACCUUCUAGUGUUUACUUUUUAACCAACCGUCCAUGGAAAAUAUCAGCAAAUAAGAAGCAAAAAUAAAAGAUUCAUUAGAUUGUCAGAGUGGUAGAGACUUCCCUAAUCAACUUGACUUGACCUUACUGAUUUUGAGUUGUUUCUCCAAUGUACUAAUGAGAUCCACAAACUACUUAAGUCUACGUAAUAGGAUUUGUGACAGGUUAGCUCUGUUGGAUCAGCAUGGCUAAGCAGAUUUAAAAUAAAAGUAUGCUGACUUAAGCAGUGUUGGAGUUUGGCCAAAUAAAGUAGAAUUUCAUAUUGCAGAACAUGUAUUCUUCCAACCUACCUACAUAAGGAUUUUAUGUAGCUUAAUACCUAAAGAUAUCUGUCUGUUACUGAUGGGGCAAAUCACGUUACUAUUUUUUAAUGUUUAUUUUUGUACCUGUUGCAUGCAGAUUUCAAGAUGCUUGGAUUUCGGCAACUGCUGCCCUUAAUAGCAUUACAUUGAUUUGAGGCAUCAUAUGAUGGGGAGCAGCUCAAAGCAAUCUUUCAUUCAUGCUGAGUGAGGCUGUGUGUGCAGAAAGCUACAGAAUGACAGAUUUGCUCAAAUAAGCAGUGGCUUUUUGAGCGCAUUCACAUUAAGUAGGUCUCAAAGUCAUUACUCUUGGGUAUAGUGGUUAAGCACUUGGAAGAAAACUGCUUUUAUGAUUUUCUUAGCUGCUAAGCCAAAUGAAGGUACUCAUGUGAUUUUUGUUGUUUUCUUGUUUAAACUUAAAAGAAUGAAAGACACAACUUGUUUUUAAACUUAUGAAGUUGUUACUUUAUGGUAUAAUGCUAUGUUUUCCACAUGGCUUAAAAUCUUAUAUUGUGCAUUGAAAUCUCUUUUUACUGGAUACUUUUUCUACCUUUUAGUGUUUGUUUUUCAACCUAGAGUCCAUGAAAAAUCAGCAAUUAAGCAGCAAAAAAUUAAUCAUGCAGAAAAUGUGCUUUUUUAUAUCAUCAGAUGGAAUAAAGAUUUGUUUCUUGGAAA